UUCAUCGAUCCCUCUCUCUACAUAUUUAUGGAAGAAACUACCUCUUUCUUUCUGUACAAGUUCACUUCUUCUUAAAUCUUUCCCUUCUGUCUUGUCUUUCUUUUUUCCAGUGCUAGGUUUGCUUUUUUUGUUCAAGCCAUUGGUGUGGUUGUAAGUACUGGAGCUGCUUGUCCUCUGUAAAUUCUCUUUGUUUCUAAUAAUUCUGGUUCACUUCUUCUUCAGUUUGUAGCUUUCUCUCUCUAUCGUGCAAGUUAAAAGGAAAAAGAAACUACAAAUUUGAAGGCCAAGCGGCCGGAAAAGUUGAAGUUAUGGCAGGAGCUAGUGGAGGAAGAACUUUGGAGCAGACACCCACAUGGGCUGUUGCCACUGUUUGUUUCGUUUUAGUCGUCGUUUCAAUAAUCAUAGAGCACAUAAUCCAUGCUAUUGGGAAGUGGCUAAAGAAGAAACAUAAGAGAGCUCUUUACGAAUCACUUGAAAAAAUAAAAUCGGAGCUUAUGCUAUUGGGGUUCAUAUCGCUGCUUCUAACGAUAUUGCAAAGUUCAAUAUCCAACAUAUGCAUACCAGAGAAAGUUGCCAACACGUGGCAUCCAUGCGGCAAGAAAGAAGAGGAAGAUACAACAACCCAGACCGAGAGCUCUGACGAAAUAGAUUAUGAAAACCGCCGGAGACUUCUUUCGUUAUUGUCCGAUUCCGGCGGAAGUGUACGGCGUGCUUUGGCGACGUCGGAUUCAUCCAACACUUGUGGUUCUGGGAAAGUAUCGUUCAUUUCAUCGGAUGGUAUUCAUCAACUACACAUUUUCAUAUUCGUGUUGGCUGUUUUCCAUAUUCUUUAUUGUGUCCUCACCAUGGCUUUGGGUCGAGCUAAGAUGAAGAGAUGGAAAAGAUGGGAGAAAGAGACAAGAACUAUAGAGUACCAAUUCACUCAUGAUCCUGAGAGGUUUAGGUUCGCGAGAGAGACAUCAUUCGGAAGAAGACAUUUGAGCUUUUGGACCAACUCUCCUUUCCUCAUUUGGAUAGUGUGUUUCUUCAGGCAGUUUGUGAGGUCGGUACCUAAAGUUGAUUAUUUGACAUUGAGACAUGGAUUUAUAACGGCACAUUUGGCACCUCAAAGCAGUGCACAAUUCAAUUUCCAAAAGUACAUUAAUAGGUCGCUUGAAGAGGACUUCAAAGUGGUCGUGGGGAUUAGUCCACCAAUCUGGUUCAUGGCCGUGCUGUUCCUUCUCUUUAAUACCCACGGUUGGUAUUCUUAUCUUUGGUUACCAUUCAUCCCAUUAAUCAUCAUCCUUUUGGUUGGAACCAAGCUACAGGUGAUCAUAACCAAAAUGGGUCUCAGAAUUAUGGAAAGAGGGGAGGUUGUGAAGGGUGUGCCGGUGGUAGAGCCUGGUGAUGACCUCUUCUGGCUCAAUCGCCCUCGCUUCCUUCUCUACCUAAUCAACUUUGUUCUCUUCCAGAAUGCUUUUCAACUUGCUUUCUUUGCAUGGAGUUGGUAUGAAUUCGGAAUAAAAUCUUGCUUCCACGAGCAUUUAGUGGAUAUAAUCAUUAGAGUUUCAAUGGGGAUCCUUAUACAAUUCCUCUGCAGCUACGUCACUCUUCCUCUCUACGCCCUCGUAACACAGAUGGGCUCGAACAUGAAACCAACCAUUUUCAACGAAAGAGUAGGCUUGGCUCUACGAAACUGGCACCGCACAGCCAAAAAACAUAUAAAGCAGAGCAACGGGUCUGUGACCUCAAUGUCAAGCAGACCAACCACACCAUCCCACCACAUGUCCCCUAUCCACCUUUUGCGCCAUUACAGAAGCGAAGUCGACAGCAUUCAAACAUCACCUAGAAGAUCCAGUGUUGAUAUGGAAACUUGGGAAACGGAUUCUCCGUCCACCUCACACCCUCACGUUACUGGCGAUGGUUCAUCGUCUUCACACCACCAUCAGUUCGGCCACAUGGAACGAGCUUAUGCUGAGAAUGAAAAUAGGGAUGACAACGAGAAGGGUUUGAAAGAUCAAGAUCCUCGGCAUGAGAUUGAUAUCGCAUCGUCUCAAGAGUUUUCUUUUGAUAAGAGACACGGUACCAUAUACAGUAAUUGAGAUUUAGGGAAAUGAUUGAUUUGUUACUUGUUGAUGGUAACAAAGACAUGAUCUUCAAGGACGAUGCGUGGCAGUGUAAUUUCUGGUAGAUGGCGAGAUGGGGAAUGCUUAUUUUGCAUAUUUGUUCUUUG